AUGCAGGCUAACAGCCCCACUGCUCGUCCCGCGGGGUCGCAGGGCCGCCACCGGUGCGCCAUUGCCGUGAAGAACAACGUGCAGUACCUUUUUGUAGUGAUGCCGAAGCCAAAGCCCCCGCCCGAGGUUGAGCUGGAGCCGCUCAUGUUCUUUGACGCCCUUCCUCCGACAACGCCGACCGCGCCCGAUCCUCGACAGACCGAAGACAUGUAUAUGCCGAAGCGGGACAGUGUGGAGGACGCCAUCGCGAUACCCCUCGAGGUGAACGGUAGUGGUCAGUUGCAGCGCUCACUAGCGUUCCCAGCGACGGAUUUUGCCUCGCUGGCGGAGGUACAGCAGCAGGGCGGCCCUUUCACGUCGUUCCAGGAGUACCCGGCGCUGUUUGGGUGCCUCACGAUUGACAGGGUGUACGUGCUUGUCGCCACAGCCGUCACGGCCGCGGUGCCGUUGCCCUUUGCGGGUGUCAUCUAUAGUGUGACGGGGACGGCGUGGGUGCCGUUCGACAUACCUGGAGUGGCGCCGGUGCGUGUGAGCCCAACGGACCGGGUACGGCUGCGUGAGUUUCAGGAGUACGCUUUUUGCAAAGGCUACUACUACAGUGACGACGUGAACGUCAUGCUGCCCUUUCCGUUCACGAAGCCGGCAAACUGUGCGCCACCGGACAUGUCCUGCGACUGGUCCUACCACCUCCGCGAGCCAUUCUCUGCCUGCUCGCUGACAGCGGCGUGCUCUGUAUUGGUGCGCGGCUUCGCUGGAGAGCGCGUCUGCACGCUCAAGGACGGCACCGAGCUGCACCUGGUCCUGCUGGGAAGGCAAAGCAACGUCAACCCGGGUCCGCGGUACCUCAGCCGUGGCCUGAACACGGCAAACGGCGCCGGCAACGACCACUACUACGAGUACAUUCUCUGGAAGCACCACGGCCCCGACACCGUCACCUUCACACGCCACUCAUUCCUGCGCGGCACCAUCCCGGUGCACUGGACGACGCAGAUGACCAUGUCGCUCUCCGAGCCGACGAUGAUCUUCAGCAGCGACAAGGCCGAGGUCCUCCGUGGCAGCGCGACGUACUUUGCACACAUGUUCCAGGAGCUGAAGCACGUGAUGCUGCUGGAUACAAACGGCCAAGCCGCGACAAAUCCGCAAGUGCGAUGUAUAAACCUCCUGCGCCUCCACCCCAAAAGCGGCGAAGAUGUGCUGGCGCGGCACUUCCUCGAUGCCGUCCGGGCAUCAGACGUUGUCAUCAAGCAAUCGUUUCCCGGCGGCAGCCUCGACCUCGUCCACGUCGACUGGCUCAACCUCGUCAAGGAGUACGGCAUCGAUGUUGCCACCUCUACCUUCUGGGAGGCUUCAAUGGAAUUUCUCGCCACCGCGUCCACAGCAGCGGACUCGAUGAUGACGGUGGGUAUGAUUCACGGCAACGGCGAAGUUGUUCGCCUAAUCACGCAGUCACGCUUCGUGCGUCUCAACUGCGCCGACUCGCUUGACCGAACAAACCUCGCCUGCUUCUUAACAUGCCUGCAGCUCUCCGUCGCCAUGCUUAUCACCCAACGUAUUCCGCACGGCAGUUUCCAAGACAGCCCGCCUGUGCCACGGCUGGACGCGUCUGAGGAGGUCGCCCAGGAGGGCGGAUACGCGGCGGCUUUUGCGCCCAUGUCGGGCGCAAAGCAGACGGUGCCGAAGCCGUUUAUGAACACGUGGAACGAAGCCCGCGAUCCACAGCGCAUUCCGCCCCUCAUGGUUCGCGCGCUAGCGGAGCUGUUCGUGAACAACGGCGACUGUGUUGCGAUGCUGUACACGAACUCGGCCGCCAUGCACGGCAACAUUCUGCGUGGUGUCUGCGGCAUGCGACUGCAAGGGCACAACGCUGUGAUUGCAACACAGCGCAAGUUCGAGAACGUCUUCGAGGACCGGAAGAAGCUGCGCGGCAUCGAGGUGCUGCUGGGGCGCAACCGGGGCGAUCACUUUCCCUCUAUUAGCCCGGCGUUUCUUCUGCGCCCGGUGCCGUACACGCAGUGGGCGUGCGCCCUCGUUGUGCUCGGUGUUCCCGACAACGUCACCACGAGGGAGGUGGACGCGGCGGUGCGGCGCGCGUGGGACACCCGCGUCAUGCCACAACUUGCCGUGUGCCAGCUGCCGCCCAUCGAGAGCAGGGCGCUGGUGUUCACCGUGACGCUGUCUGCAGCGUCGACGACGCAUGAACGAGACGAUCUGGCGCAGUCCCUGCAGCAAUCCACCCUCGGCGGGGUGCCGCCGGAGGAGGCACUGGAGGACGCGAAGCCGGAAAACGGCACACCUCCCCCGCGAACGGAGCGGCUCGCCAUCAUCGAGUUCGACCCCGACCUCUGCAUCGUUGUAGACGUGGCGCGCUUGCUGCGGCAGCAGGGUUACCUCCCGCUUGGCAGCAACAACUGCGUCCUUGCCCCGUACGCGUACCCGGUGCAGACGGCGAGCGACUCCAAAACUAUGAGUGGCGCCGUUAAAAACGUUGGUACAUCCCUCAAGCGCGGCCUCACCAGCUUAAUGCGCGGCCUCAACUGA